CGCAGCGUGCUAAGCGUUGGAAUGUUUCGCACUAAGCAGAGUGCGCAAAGAGAGCACCAUCAGCAGAUUCCUUAGAGAAGAAGAAGGAUGAUACUGCUGAUGGAAGGCUUUGCUCUCUAUUCUUCUUCUAAAAGGUGGUGAAGGAGGACAAUGUGUUGUGAGGAUUAUUUGUUUUUGAAUGAAUAGUUGAAAUUGUACGUCGCUGAUUCUCCAAAACACAAUCAGAAAAAACAACAAUACAAGAAACUAUUAGGUUUCAAUAUAUAUUCCGAGUUUUAUUGAAUAUUUGAAUCAUUAAUUGAUAAUUACUUUGAAAAAUGUCAACAAAUAAUGAAUUGGUUGUUGACGUCCAACAAAUUAAGGAUGAUAUGAAACAACAACAGCAACAACAGCCAGAGAGGAAAUCAAGAAAUCCCUUCAAGAAAAACAAGAAAAAGGCUGAAAACAAAGAAACAGAAGAUAUUGUCGAUACAAGAGAACCAAAUCUCAAAUUUAAAGACAGUUUCACAAUUUACAAAAUCAUUGGAUGGAAUUGGAUUUUGAUAUUCUUGGGAAGUAUUGGUGCUAUGGGAACAGGUGUUAUUCCAAUUAGUUUCCAAUUUGUUAUGGGAGAUUUAAUCAAUGUCUUUUCACCAACACGUGCCGAUGGAUCCACUGUUACUGCAGCUGAACAGAAAGCUGAAAUUGGAACAUAUGCUUCAUACUUUGCAAUUAUUGCAGCUGCAGCUUGUAUUGCCAAUUUCAUGUCUCAAUUCUUUUUGAAUUGGGCAAGUGAAAGAAUUGGUGUUGCUAUUAGAAGUGCUUAUUUUGACUCAUUGACAGUUCAAGAGAUGGGUUUCUUUGAUAUUAAGAAGGUUGGUGCAUUGACCAUUACUCUUUCUGAAGAUAUUACUCGUAUUCAGGAAGUUUACUCUGUCAAGUUGGCUACCUUACUUCAAAACUUGGCUCAGUUCGUUGUCGGUGUCAUUCUUGCCUUAACAUCAGGAUGGCAAAUGGCCCUCGUCAUGAUGAGUACAACACCAUUAAUGAUUUUGGGUGUAGUGUUGUUGGGUGGUGUUAUCAGAAAGUUGACCUUGUCAAUUAAUAAGGCCAACGAUCAUAGUGCCUCCAUUGCUACUGAAGUGAUGGGAGCUAUGAGAACUGUAAGAUCAAUGGCCGGAGAGGAAAAGGAAAGAGUCAGAUACAAGAAGGACUUGACCAAGAUGUAUUUGGCUGGUAUUGGUAAGGCUGUUGCUCAAGGUUCUACUUUUGGUGUUUUGGUUGGUAUCUUGUGGGGUACUACUGCUUUAGCUUUCUGGUAUGGUGGUGGUCUAGUUGUUGAUGGAACCAUGAAUAUUGGAUCUAUGCUCAAGGUUUUCGGUUUGACAUUGUUUGCUAUUAUUGGUAUUUCUCAAGCUGGUUCAUUCUUCCCUGAUUAUGGUAAGGCCAUGGUUUCUCAAAAGACUGUUUUGAAAUUAUUGAAGAGACAACCAGCUAUUAUUUUCAAGGGAGGUAAAACUCUUGAUACUAUCAUUGGUAAUGUCACAUUUGAAAAUGUUGAUUUUGUCUAUCCAUCACGUCCAAAUGCUACUGUCUUGAAGAAUUUCAGUUUGGAUAUUAAGGCAGGUCAAGCUGUUGCUUUGGUUGGUCCAUCUGGUUCAGGUAAAUCAACAAUUGUUGGUUUAUUGGAAAGAUUCUACGACCCAGCUCAGGGUAAGGUUUAUCUUGAUGGUGUUGAUAUCGCUGAAAUCGAUCCAAUGUGGCUCCACAAGAAUAUUGGUAUUGUCACUCAAGAACCUGUAUUGUUUGCAACCAGCAUUUACAAGAAUAUUGCUUAUGCUAUUGGUGAAGAAAAUACUACAAUGGAAAAGGUUAUUGAAGCCGCUAAAUCUGCCAACUGUCACAAUUUCAUUAUGGACUUACCAGAUGGAUACAAUACUUUAUUGGGUGAACGUGGUGUCUCACUCUCAGGUGGUCAAAAGCAACGUGUCUGUAUUGCUCGUGCCUUAUUGCAAAAUCCAAAACUUCUCUUAUUGGAUGAAGCUACAUCUGCCUUGGAUACUGAAUCUGAAUCUCUCGUUCAAGCUGCUUUGGAUUUAUUGAUGAAGGGUCGUACAACUAUUUGUAUUGCUCACAGAUUGUCAACUGUUAAGAACUCUGACAAGAUUUGUGUAUUGGCUAAGGGUAUUUUGAAAGAAACUGGUACUCAUGCCGAAUUAAUGGCCAUUGAAAAUGGUAUCUAUAAGAAUUUGGCUGAAAGACAAAUGUUGUUCUCUAAUGAAAAUGCUGAUGUUGAAGCAACAAUGGAAGUUUUGCAAUAAUGUAAAUAUGUAAUUUUGGAGAGUGUAAAUAAAUUCAAUUUC